CUCCUUGCUCUUGCUGCUUCAGCAGUCGCCGCUUCCGCAGAAGACAUCUAUUUGAUCGCCAAGUCCAACUCCAACAAUACGGAAAUCAGCAACAAGGGUGUCGGUUUCAUCCACGAAGGGGCAGGCAUCAACUACGGCUUCCUAGGGGCCGAAGGCCAGGGCGCCACUUUGUCCUACAACGAAACCGAAAAGCAAAUCAUCCUUGACACGGGCGUGCUGCAGUUCUUCAGAGUCUCCAGUGGCUAUGUGGCUGUUAGUGUCGAAGGGCCAGACUCCGAAAUCACCUUCGACAACAACGACUUCUUGUUGGUCAACGGUUCUUCCAAGCAUUUCUUUGGUUGUAAAAACACCAACGACCCAUAUCAAUACUCUGUCAGCUCCUACGAAGUCAUGUAUUACCCGGAGGAUGCUCCAUCUGGCUGUCUUCCGUUGACUCUC